AUGUCCACCACUUCCAUCUGCUACUCAAUGACCUCAAUACCCUUCCUUUCUCUGACACCUCACACCACAACCUCAAAGCUCUUCACAAAACGAAAUUCUUACACACCGAGGUCUUCCUUUUCUUCUUCAUCUUCUUCCUGUUCGUUUCCCAAAAGGGUAUUUAAAAAUGGGGUUGGUCUGUGGAUAAAAGCUUGCUCUACGUCGCCUUAUAUAGGGAGAGUCGGGUCACAGUGGAGAGAAGGCAACUCUUCGUUGCUGUCUUUUGGAACAAACCCAUCAGCUGCAAUUUCCAAAGAGGGUGCGCAGAGUAGCGAUGACUCGUCUCAGCUCUUGUCAGCAAUGCUUCCCUUUGUUGUUGCUGCUACUGCUGUUGCUGCUCUGGCUCAGCCUUCAACGUUCACUUGGGUAUCUAAGGAUUUAUAUGCCCCUGCUCUUGGUGGGAUCAUGCUCUCUAUUGGAAUCAAACUUUCCAUUGAUGAUUUUGCUCUUGCAUUUAAAAGACCUUUACCGCUCUCUAUUGGGUUUAUGGCACAGUAUAUGUUGAAACCGAUUCUCGGGGUACUGAUUGCAAAGGCAUUUGGCGUGUCUAGGAUUUUCUACGCUGGCUUUGUCCUCACCACUUGUGUUGCAGGGGCUCAGCUAUCUAGCUAUGCUAGUUUUUUGAGCAAAGGAGAUGUGGCCUUGAGCAUUCUCCUCACCAGCACCACCACCAUUGCCUCAGUGAUUGUUACGCCUCUACUAAGUGGCCUUUUAAUUGGUUCUGUUGUUCCAGUCGAUGCUGUUGCCAUGUCAAAGUCAAUAUUGCAGGUGGUUCUUGUUCCAGUAACCAUUGGCCUUGUGCUCAAUACUUAUGCAAAACCAGUUGUCAAUUUCCUUGGACCAGUGAUGCCAGUUGUUGCUAUGAUUUGCACUUCAUUGUGCAUUGGCAGUCCUCUUGCAAUUAAUCGGAGCCAAAUUCUGUCUGCAGAGGGAUUCCGAUUGAUUUUUCCAGUUAUAGCAUUUCACGCAGUGGCCUUCACGGUUGGAUACUGGGUAUCCAAAAUUCCAAGUUUGAGGCAAGAAGAAGAAGUUAGCAGGACACUUUCCUUGUGCACAGGAAUGCAAAGCUCCACCCUGGCAGGUCUCCUGGCAAGCCAGUUCCUUGGAAGCAGCCAGGCAGUUCCUCCAGCAUGUUCGGUUGUUGCCAUGGCUAUCGUGGGCCUUUUUCUUGCCUCUUUCUGGGGCACCGGCUCUCAAAUCAGAGACCUGCCUUCCCUACUGAUGCCUCAAACUGGUUCUACAAUGAAGGCUUAG